GGGAACUAGUAGCUACUACACUAUUACGAGUCAUAAGGGGUGGAUAUAUUCUCAGCGCCACCUACUUUCCCGGUGUUUUGUCUAUAGUGUGCGUUGCAGGUCUCAGUGUUGCACAAUAUCACUGACCAUGAACAACAUGAAGAAGUUGCCUGAGUGGAUCCUGAAUCACAUCUUGGAGAUUCUCUACCUGCUGACAGGAGAGCGUGUGACUAACUCACUGACAGCGAGUCACAUGACCGGGGACAAGAUGGCAACAGAGAGGAUACUGACCCACACCCUGCAGAUCAUGUACCUGCUGACAGGGGAGGUGCCUAUAAAGUGUGGUGAUGUUGCCGUGUAUUUCUCUAUGGAGGAGUGGGAGUAUAUAGAGGGACACAAGGAGCUUUACAAGGACAUCAUGAUGGAGACUAUGGAGAUCCCAGGAAAUGAGAGCUCAGAACCAACAGGUCACCGUGAUGAAAAUCUAGACACAGGAGCACAUGAAGAGCUUGUACAGAAUAUUCAGCCAGUGGAGACCACAUCAGACGUCUCAGCAGGUGAAAAUUAUACUAAGAUUUCAUGUAACACAGAACAAACAGAAGAUCAGUGGCUAAUAAAUAUGCCAGAAGCUGCAGAGCAGGACAUAUGCGACAGUAUAAGUACAGGAGAAUUCACAAACUGCAAUAAUCCUAGUCAUGAUCAGAGUUCAGAUUCUUCUUUAAAUCUUCAAAUUCAAAGACGCCACAUGGGCAAUUCAUGUUUUGAUUAUGGGAAAUGUUUUACCUAUAAAUCACAUCUCAUUAGUCAUCAGAAAAAUCAUACAGAAGAGAAAAAAAUUUCAUGUUCUGAGUGUGGCAAAUGUUUUCUCAAGAUAUCACUUCUGAAUAGACAUCUAAAAAUUCAUACAGGAGAAAAUCCAUUUUCCUGUUCUAUAUGUGGGAAAUGUUUUAACCGUAAAGGAAAUCUUGUUGCUCAUCAGAAAAUUCAUACAGGAGAAAAAGGAUUUUUAUGUUCUGUAUGUGGUAAAUGUUUUACCUGGAAAUCACAUCUUAUGGUCCAUCAGAAAAUUCAUACAGGGGAGAAAGGAUUUUCAUGUUCUUACUGUGGGAAAUGUUUUUAUCAUAAAUCAAAUUUUAUUAGGCAUCAGCAAACUCAUACAGGAGAGAAGGCAUUUUUAUGUUCUGACUGUGGGAAAUGUUUUACUCAGAAAUCACAUCUUAUUGUCCAUCAGAAAAUUCAUACAGGGGAGAAAGCAUUUUCAUGUUAUGACUGUGGGAAAUCUUUUACUCUGAAAUCAACUCUUAUUAGGCAUCAAAUAACUCAUACAGGGGAGAAAGCAUUUUCAUGUUUUGACUGUGGGAAAUGUUUUACUCUGAAAUCAACUCUUAUUGAUCAUCAGAAAAUUCAUACAGGGGAGAAAGGAUUUUCAUGUUCUAAAUGUAUGAAAUGUUUUAUCAGGAAAUCAACUCUUAUUAGGCAUCAGAAAACUCAUAUUAAAGAAAAUCAAGGUAAUCAGAGCUUAACCUUCUAAGUGCAGAGGGUGACAUGUAAUUGUCACCCACACAAUACCUUGUGCUGAUGACAGCAUGUGAUCCCCUGAGCUGUGCAGCUUUCGAGCUGUUUGAGGCCCCUUCUGCACCUUAGCAUUUACAAAGUGUUCUAGUGUAUUGGGACCAUAUAGGGUCCCUAUAUAGGUUUGAAUAGCUAAGUGAUCAGCUGGAGCCCGUUUAUACAGAUCAAAGAUAUAAAUAAAAGCCCUUAUUUAUGUGACAAAAUUUAGAUACUGUUGAGGGCAUUAUAGUCAGGUGAUCACUGAGGUAAGUGUUUCCCUUGCUAGAAUUUAAAUUGCUGCGUAAAAUGCAUUGUAUUGAAAUAUAACAUUUUUUUUCCUUUUGAAGUUCAAUUACUGAUUUAUAUAGAAAAGCAAUGUGUUAUUUUCCAACAACCUUGUUUACUAAAAUUGUAAUUCAAUAUGCAUUUCCUUCUUAAUACAAGGAGGGUCCACGGCAUCAUUAUUAUUUUUUAUUUGUAUAGCGCCGCAAAAUUCCGUAGCGCUGGGUACACUGAUAGGGGUAUACAAUGACAACAUUUUUGAUAAAAAUCCAAAACAUAAAACUAAACAAAUCUGGUACAGGAGGAAAGGGGCCCUGCUCCUGAGAGCUCACAGUCUACAAGUUUUGGGUGCAGAGAUAUAAGGUUGGGGUAGAGUGUUACAUCAGUUGUAGUUCCAGUAGUGAGUCAGGCAGGUCAUGUAUUAGUUUGGUUUGGAUGAGGGAUGGAGGAGAUAUGGUACGCCUCUGAAUAGGUGGGUUUUCAAGGAGCAUAUGAAGCUAUACAAGGUUGGAGACAGUCUUAUGGAGCGGGGUAGAGAGUUCCAGAGGCCAGGAACAGCAUGUGCGAAGUCUUGGAGGCGGGAGUGGGACGUAGAGAUAACAGGAGUGGAGAGACGUAGGUCAGAGGUUGAUCGAAGAGUAUGGGAUGGGGAAUAUUUCCUGAUAAGAGAGGAUAUAUAGUUGGGAGUUAGGCUGUUUAGCGCUUUGUAAGUUAGAGUUAAUACUUUAAACUGUAUUCUGGAGUGUAUGGGGAGCCAGUGUAGAGACUGGCAGAGCAGAGUCGCUGAUGUAGCUCGGCGACUUAGGUGGAUUAGUCUAGCUGAAGCAUUCGUAAUCGAUUGGAGGGAGAGAGGUGGUGUAUUGGAAGCCCAUUUAGGAGUAGGUUGCAGUAAUCAGUGCGUGACAAAAUGAGCAAAUGAAUAAGUAUUUUUGUUGUUUUUUGAGUAAGGAAGGGACGAAUUCUGGAAAUGUUGCGUAGGUGUGAAUGGCAGGAUUUGUUAAGCGCUUGUAUAUGUGGGUUGAAUGUGAGCUUUGAGUCUAGUGUGACCCCAAGACAGCGAACCUGGGGUGAGAUUUUGACAAUAGAGUCUCCAACUGUCAGGUGUUGGAUGUCUCAAAGUGGGGGAAAUAAGAAGCAGCUCAGUUUUAGACAGAUUGAGUUGGAGGUAGUGUGAAGACAUCCAAGAGUAAAUUUCAGAGAGGCAGUUGGAAAUCUGAGUAAAGAGGGAGAGAUAUCAGGAGAGGAAAAGAUAGAUUUGAGUAUCAUCAGCAUAUAAUUGGCACUGGAAUCCAAAGGACGCUAUAAGUUUUCCAAGAGAAGGAUGUAUAGAGAGAGAAAAGCAAGGGACCCAAGACAAAGCCUUGCGGUACUCCAACUGAGAGAGGCAUAGGAUCGCGAGAUAUGUUGUUAAAGGGAACUGAAAAUGAGUGGUUUGAGAGAUAUGAGGCAAACCAGGAGAGGGCUGUGCCUCGGAUGCCAAAUGAAUGUAGUAUUUUUAAGAGGAGAGGAUGGUCAACUGUGUCAAAAGCAGCGGAUAGGUCAAGAAGAAUUAGUAAGGAGUAGUGGCCAUUUGCUUUAGCUGAUAACAGGUAAUUUGUUACUUUAGCAAGAGCAUUCCUGACUGUUGGGAAA